AUGGAGCCGGACACGGGAAUGGGUAUGGGGAUGGAGGUGCACAUGGAAAUGGAUAUGGCGGUGGAAGCGGCCUUGGUAAUGGAUUUGGAAACGGGGGUGGCCAUGGAAACGGAUUUGGCGGUGGAAGCGGUCUUGGUAAUGGAUUCGGAGAUGGAGGUGGGCAUGGAAAUGGAUUUGGUGGUGGGAAUGGUUUUGGCGAUGGAGGAGGUCAUGGGCAACUCAUUUGGAGGAGACUUCAAUAAUAAUGAUUUUGGUGUUGGUGGUGGUGGCAAUGAAGGAUGGGAAAGACCCGUGAAAACUGUGAUUAAGCAUGUUUAUAAAAAUAUUGCUGUGCCACAUCCUGUGCCUGCGCCAGUUCAAGUUCCUGUCCCCAAAUACAUCAAAUAUUUCAAGCCAUUUGCCAUCGCCAAACCGGUAGCCAUACCUCACGUGAUUCCAGUAGUAAAGCACGUCCACAAGUCAGUUCCAUUCUUCGCCUCCUUCCCCGUGCGACACAGCGUACCCGUGCCCAAGUUUGUGGGACUGCCCGUGCAAGUGCGCGUGCCGAGACCUGUCUUCGUGCACGUUCCGAAGAUCGUGCCCGUCGCUAAGAAGAUACCCGUCCCCGUGGAGGUCAACGUACCGAGACCGUACCUUGUGCCCGUGUACAAGACCGUUCCAGUUCCGGUGCCUCAUAAAGUACCCAAGAUCAUAGAGGUCAUCAAAGAAGUUCCCCAUUUCGUCAAAAAGCCAGUACCUGUUUAUAUUGAUUCCCAUCAGGGAAAUGACUUCACCAGCGGCACCAGUUAUUCAACUAGUAGCUAUAGCAAUCAUUAUGGUAAUGAUGAAGACUUAUACGGUGGACCUCAGGGCGUCCUGAAUCCACAGGACAAUAACGCUUUUGAUGAAUUUGGAUACAAUAAUAAAGAACAGUCUGAUUUCAAUCAAGGUCAUGGUUACAGUGGUUCACAAAACACCAACGCAUAUGACUCCCCAUACUUCUAUGGCAGACAGAAACUACAAGGAAAUGCUCAAUCUUUUGGACAGAAACAGUAUCCCCCGGAGUCCUACCCAAGAGCUCACAGACUUUCUACUAAAGCUAAUAACAAUAAUCACCAAAAUGGAGGUUCUUACCAGCAGCAAGGAUACAGACAAAGCUCCAGUUCAGGAUCUAGUUUAUCUAGUUCAGGAUUAAGUGGAGCUAGUUCUGGAACAAGUGGAUCUAGUUCAUACCCUCCCAAUAAUGACGAUCCUUCUUACAACGGAGAUGUGGCUUCUCAAGGUCAAGCAAGUGUUAAUAAAGAGCAAUUUUACAAAAAUGUAAAAUCUGUCCAUCAGUCUGCGUAUACUGGAUCAAACAAUUUAGCACCACAAAGUAACUACAAUCUCGCGCCACAGUACUCGCAACCUGUGUAUAAUCCAUCUGCGUAUGCGGAAUAUCUUAUGAGUCAAGAACAAUCCGGACAGAAGUCUGAAUUAAUUAAGCAAAAUUAUUCACAGCCCCAAGCGGCAAAUAUUAAAGAUCAAAAUACUCAAAACAUGAUGGCACAAGCUUCUGGACCAGCUUCUGUCUACCAUCAAUAUUCGCAAAACUCAUACAGAGACAGCCAGAGUCAGUAUCCAAAUAGCAUGCCUUCACAAAAUAUGAAGUCCAACUCCGAAGUGAAGUAUGCUUCUAACUACAAUCGUUACAACAAACAACCCAAUUCUAACUAUCAUCGACAAAAAUUUCCACCAAGAUCCAAUAACUACUACCGGGGACCUAAUACUCAUAACCCCAGAGAAAACAGUCAACGUCAAAACGAAAAUCGUCAUCAAGGUCAGCAAAUGAGACAUCAUACUUACGCUGAUAGAAAUCCAAAUUAUCGCAAUUACAACCAUCCAAACUACCAAGCACAGCAAUCUCAAAGAAAUACUCAACAUGAGAGUAAUUCAAACAUGAAUGGUUACGUACCAUCAGGUACAUCAUCAACCAGUACUAGCCACAGCUAUACUGAAUCAAAACCUCAGUAUCAGGUAUCUACCAGCGGUGACAAUGCUUUUAUGCAAAACGAAAAAUUUGACCAUGCAGCAAGUCAAAAUACUUACGUUUCCGACUCGAACAUAGCUGUUCCGGGUCCAUAUGUUUCUUCUGACACUUCUUAUAGUCACAGUAGGAGUAGCUCUUUUGGAAAUCAGUACAGUAGUUCUAACGGUAAUUAUGCACCACAAGCAUCAAAUCAGAUAUUAAGUCAAAGUGGUUCAUUAAAUUCUUUCCAUGACAAUAAUUUAUCUCAUAUGUCUUCUGUUUCGUCAAACUCAGCUAGCGCAAGUCAAUCAAAUAGCUAUACACAACCUGUAAGCUCAUAUACUAGUUACUCCAACGCUUAUUCAAAAAGUAAUUCCCAAACUAAUCCAGGAGAUGAACCGUUGCAGCAGUCACAAUCAGCAAGUAGUGCUACUUAUCGUGAUCAAAAUUCAAUGGAUUAUUCAAAUUCUUUUAAUAAUCAAUAUUCUUCAGCACCAGGUUCCUCUAUAUCUGAAUCAUAUAGCUCAUAUUCACAACAAAGUAACUCUGGAACAUCAUUUAGUCCACAAUACGAUGGUCCUGUUUUACAAGCUGAUGAAUUACCAUCGCCAUUCCAGAACGACAAACAAUCAUAUCAAACCUCUCUGGAACAAGGCUCAUUGACUAACGCUUUGUUCCACAUGCAAAACUCUUCUCAACUAGUAUCAUCGGGUGAUCUCCCAAAGUCGCCAAUAGACGAGAUGGAGCAACAUGUACAGUCAUCUGCGAGUUCCAUAAUCAAAGUUUACACUAACUCUCCUGAUUCUGCGGAAGGUAAAAAUGGCAAAACGUUUUCUUUCGUAGAUCCUGAAACUUUAGAAUCCUCCCAAAGCGCAACAUAUUUCCAUUCUCAGGAACCCGAUUCUAGACCUAAAAUAGAAUACAGCAGCGAGGAUCUGAAGAUUUAUCAAGGAUCAUCAUUCAAUUCUGGUGAGUUAUCAGAACCAUUGCAAACUUCACUGGAUGCUUAUGUACCUGCUCAACCAGUUUAUCAACCAGCCUCUCAUCAGAAUAUGGUGUACGAAGGUGCCAUGAGCGACUCUGAUGCUGUUUACAAAGAAGCCAUCAGCCUCUCAGAUACGUCAAAUGACAACAAAUCUAGAUGA